AUGGUUGCGGCAACCGUCUCUAUUGUCUCUGAUGACGAACGAAGUCCCCCUCCCCGCAAACGCAUUCGACCCCUUACCUCCGACGCAAAAACCAAGCAGAGCACAAGUGCAAGCUCUCCCCAACUAUACGCCCCAUUCCGUGCUCUCGGUAUAAUCACCAAUCAUGUACCAAUCGUUGUCCAAACUCGGUCGUUCAAAGGAGCUACAGAGGGCCCCAAAAUUCAUCUCCUAACAUGUCUAGGAAGGUCAUGGGCUUUAUGGGAAGGCGGAAAGAUGAGCCUUCUGUUUGCUGGACCUGAUUCAGGAGACACUAUCUCCAGUAUGGUCAUGGACGGCGAUGCGGUAUGGGUGGCGUCUGGACCUAAUGCGAUUAAGUAUGCUCGAGGAAAGGAGGUUUCUCGCCUAUCUGACCCACUCGGAGCACCCCUUGCUUCCCUCUUAGUAUUUGGGCCACAAUUGCUCGCUCUCACCGCGGAUGGUCGACGGCUGCUCGUCUGGGAUACAGCCCAAGAAGAAUUCGACCACCAGAUCCAAUUUGAUGAAGGCUUCACUGCAACACACAUACUGCACCCUGCAACGUAUCUGAACAAGAUUAUUGUAGCAAGCAGUGGUGGAGAUCUACAACUAUGGAACAUCAGAACCCAAAAUUGCAUACACAAAUUUUCAUCGUCGAACCUUCUAAUUGGAUCCUCAUCUACCGCGCCCACCGCCAUAACCUCCAUCGCACAAUCUCCCGCCAUCGACGUAUUAGCGGUUGGGUUUGCUUCCGGCGAAAUAUCAGUGUAUGAUAUCAGAGCGGAUGAGCGUCUCAUGCGCAUCUUUAUGCGCGAGGGCAGUGUUCGAGCCAUAAGUUUCAGGUCUGAUGGUCAGCCCAUCCUCGCUUCUGCAUCGGAAACCGGCCACAUAUCCUUGUGGGAUCUCAGUGCCAAUGGUCGGCUAUUACACACCGUUCGUGGUGCACAUGAUAGCGGGAUUACAGCUCUGGAAUGGGUACCAGGACAACCCGUGCUGAUCAGUUCGGGGGAGGACAACAGUGUGAAGCAAUGGUUGUUUGAUUCACCAACGGCUCCCCCUCGAUUACUCAAGUUUCGGUCGGGACAUCAUGCGCCACCACAUCUUAUACGGUACUAUGGUGAGGACGGCAAGCAACUGUUGACCGCAUCGAGAGACCGGAGCUUGCGUUGUACAUCCAUCGUUCGCGAUUCUAGAUCGUUUGAGCUCUCUCAGGGCUCCCUCUCAAAAAAAGCGUCCACGUUAUCAGUGCCCAUCGCGUCCUUGAAACUCCCGUCCAUCACGUCCAUAUCGUUCUCUACAACAAGAUGGAAGGACUGGGACGACAUCAUGACCGCUCAUACUGACGAGACGUUCGCGAGAACGUGGAGCAUGCUGCAAAAGAAGAAGGGCAACCAUGCUCUGGGUCUUGCGGAUGGGAGCAAGAAAACUACUGUCGGCUCAGUUAAGGCCGUAUGCGUAUCAGCUUGUGGCAACUUUGGCCUCGGUAGUUCGUCGACUGGCGCUAUCGUGAUGUGGAACAUGCAGUCUGGGAUGCAACGCAAGACGUUCAAUGUAGGGCCUUGCCCACCGGACGCUGCCAGUCGGUUCCGUCCACAGAGCGGGAAGAAAAAGGCCGAGGAGCGAUGUGUGACAGGCCUCGCAACUGACGCCUUGAACCGAGUCGUUAUUGCUAGCACACUGGACGGAACACUUAACUUCUUCGAUUUCCACACCACAAAACUAGAGCAUACUCUGACCCUUCAGACAGCCAUCGUAUCAAUAGCUUUGCAAAGAAAUAGCGGCCUGCUCGCUCUGACCUGCGAUGACCUGGUCGUCCGCCUGGUCGACAUCGAGACACGCAAAGUCGUCCGUGAAUUUACUGGAUUUGUUGGACGUAUCUUGGACCUUACGUUCUCCCCUGAUUCACGAUGGCUCAUCACAACAUCACUCGAUUCUGUCAUCCGAACUUUCGACAUCCCUACUGGACGGCUCAUCGAUGCUUUCCGCACCACCAGUGUGGCCACGAGUGUCUCGUUCUCUCCUACAGGCGAUUUUCUGGCGACUUCCCACGUAGACAGCGUAGGGGUGUUCCUCUGGGCCAACCGUGCACAAUACACAGACGUGUCGUACCGCAGCAUGAAGGAGGAGGACAUCCAGGAUGUUGCUCUUCCUGUCAUGCAGGGCGAAGGUGACGCGGAAGCUGAUGCUCUGGAAGGUCUCUCCGCCCUCACGGUACAGGAGACACCUCAAGAUCUCUUUAGUAGUCCAUCAAACCUGGAUGGAGACCUCGUCACACUUACGCUCCUGCCCCGCUCCCGAUGGCAGACAUUACUUAACCUAGAAGUCAUCCAGCAACGGAAUAAGCCCAAAGAUCCACCAAAACCGCCUGAACAAGCGCCCUUCUUCCUGCCCACACUGCCGGGGGUGGAGCACCGCUUCGCCAUCGACCAAAAGCAAGAGUCGCAGUCGAAUAAAACAACGAGAAGACUCGAUAAAAUCGCUGCGGAGACUGAGAGCGUCUUCCUCAAGAAACUUGCCGAAGCCGAUCCUCAGGGCAACCACGAAGAAUUCUUCACCUACGCCAAAUCGCUCUCCCCCGCUGCCGUCGACCUCGAACUGCGCUCGCUCGUCACCCUCGACGUCCUCCACUCCUUCAUCCAUGCACUCACCCAGCGUCUACGCUCACAUCGCGAUUUCGAAGCCGUCCAGACCUACCUGAACGUCUUCACACGCAUGCAUGGCGAUGUUUUGAUCGAGAAUGCGGAGCUAAGAGGAGAGCUGGAGAUGCUGCUGAAGGUGCAGAAGAAGGAGAGCGAGAGGGUGUUGGAGUUGAUUGCGUCGUCGUUGGGGACGUUGGCUUUUGUUAGGGAUACGUUGUGAUGUGGCAUCUUCUCUAUGUCAUAAUAUAGAGAGAUGUUUGAGGCUAUCACAUGGUGAUGUAUAUGGACGUAUGAAUAGUAUGCUGUCUGUGUACAAUGCUGACAAAACUAGGAUUCGCUACACUUCGAGAAAUU